GUUUGAAACCGUUCAACAGUCAUCGGCUUUUUUGAUUGGUUAGUUGUGAUUAGUCAGUUUUGUAAUCAGACGACCGUUGUCCAACUCUGCUGUCCACAGAUUACGCCAUCUCUUGUUUUGACUUUUCACCCACACGGUUACCAACUUAUUGGUUGUUUUUGUGGCGCGAUAUUUCCUUUCCCCCCAAAUCUGAACUUUUCUCCUCUCUUCGUUGCACGCACGUGUCACCAUCAUGCGUGAAUGCAUCAGUGUUCAUGUGGGCCAGGCAGGUGUACAGAUGGGUAAUGCCUGCUGGGAACUGUACUGCUUAGAACAUGGUAUCCAACCCGACGGACAGAUGCCAUCUGACAAGAGUAUUGGUGGCGGAGAUGAUUCGUUCAAUACGUUCUUCAGUGAAACGGGAGCUGGAAAGCAUGUCCCCAGGGCCGUGCUUGUAGAUCUUGAACCUACUGUAGUUGAUGAAGUUCGUACUGGUACAUACAGACAAUUGUUUCAUCCAGAGCAGCUUAUUACCGGCAAAGAAGAUGCUGCCAAUAAUUAUGCCAGAGGCCAUUAUACAAUUGGGAAAGAAAUUGUGGACUUGGUUUUGGAUAGAAUUCGUAAGCUAGCUGAUCAAUGUAGUGGUCUUCAAGGUUUUCUAAUCUUCCACAGUUUCGGGGGUGGUACUGGUAGUGGUUUCACCUCACUUCUGAUGGAACGACUAAGUGUAGACUAUGGUAAGAAGUCAAAACUAGAGUUUUCCAUCUAUCCUGCUCCGCAGAUUGCGACUGCUGUUGUUGAACCUUACAAUUCUAUCCUUACUACUCACACAACGUUGGAACACUCUGACUGCGCUUUUAUGGUGGAUAAUGAAGCCAUAUAUGACAUAUGUCGACGUAAUUUAGAUAUUGAACGUCCCACUUACACCAACCUGAAUAGAUUAGUUGCUCAGGUUGUCAGUUCUAUCACAGCAUCUCUACGUUUUGACGGGGCUUUAAAUGUUGAUCUGACUGAAUUCCAAACUAAUUUAGUGCCAUAUCCAAGAAUUCACUUUCCCCUAGUUACAUAUUCCCCUAUCAUAUCAGCUGAGAAAGCCUAUCAUGAACAACUGACAGUUGCAGAGAUCACUACAGCUUGUUUUGAACCGUCUAACCAAAUGGUAAAAUGUGAUCCUCGUCAUGGUAAAUAUAUGGCUUGCUGCAUGCUCUACCGUGGAGAUGCUGUGCCUAAAGAUGUGAAUGCAGCCAUAGCUACAAUCAAAACCAAAAGGACUAUUAGGUUUGUUGACUGGUGUCCAACAGGAUUUAAAGUUGGCAUUAAUUACCAGCCCCCAACUGUUGUUCCUGGAGGUGAUUUGGCUAAAGUUCAUAGAGCUGUGUGCAUGUUAAGUAAUACAACAGCUAUUGCUGAGGCCUGGGCACGGCUUGACCAUAAGUUUGAUCUCAUGUACGCUAAGAGAGCUUUUGUUCAUUGGUAUGUAGGUGAAGGUAUGGAAGAAGGUGAAUUUUCAGAAGCUAGAGAAGAUCUUGCAGCUUUGGAAAAAGAUUAUGAAGAGGUUGGAGUUGACUCAGGAGACAUGGGAGGUGAAGAAGGAGAAGAGGAAGAAGAGUUCUAAAAGCAGAAAUGUUGAAUGUUAAAAGUAUUUCUUACAUAUCCCCCAUACUUUGAGUUUAUGGAUUGAAAAUUUUAUUAAAAUAUUUUCCAACUUGUUCA